AUGGUAAUCGAUCUGACGCGGGACUCGGACUCUGAUGAGCAACAUCAACAACUUCAACCCAGAAGCACCAUUCACUCAUUCUUUUCUAACCUCAUUCAUCGCUCUUCCUCUUAUUCGAACCCAUUAAAAAGAAAAGAAAGGGGUUCUGAGGACACUUCAUCCAUCUCAUCAUCACGCCGUUUCUCGCCUGCGGUUAAUGGCCUAGCCAACCAUGACCACAACAAUACCAACAACAAUACCAGCAAUAACAGCAGCAACAGCAGUAAUAAUGCCUCCAAAGACCCCUCUCCAGCCCCAAGACAAGAACCCUCAAAACACUCAAUAUCAACCGGCCCAACCCCAAUCCCGGAAACCCAGCACCAAAAAGCAAUCAGCGUCGUGAUCCCCUCGCCUUCACGACAACUGAAGAAAGAAAUCCUCAACUCAGAAUGGACCCGCAUCGACACUUCGUCUAAACUAACCGGUCUCUCUGAAAAAUACUACCCAACGGACGCAUACGAGAAACGCGCGCAAAAGGGCGCCUACCCCACCAAAAAGAAGAACAAAGUAAACAGCGAAAAUCGGGGUACUCUCCCCCUGGAUCUCGGCCACUUAGCCCCAAGCCCCAUCCUGACAGUCCGGCCUACAACCACAGUCCACCAGCAACUAGCCAAGUCGUUCUUGCGGAAGUUGUCCAAAAUCCAGGGUCCGCCGGUGACGCUGGCACGAGGCGACCAGCGCAUGCUAACUGGCUUCGCUGCGAACUUUGAAUUUGUCAACGCUUACAAGAUCCGGAAGGGGGUGUCGCCUGUGCCGGAGUCGUUCAACGGGGGUUGUGAUUGCGGGCCUGGCUGUGAUCCUCGCCAGUGUACUUGUCUUUCUGAGGAGGAGCAUUCGGAUGAUAAGAUCGUCCCGUAUCGGGCUGCGGCGGAUGUGCCGGGGUUGAUGGUUUUGGCGCCGGAUUUCAUGAAGCGCACGUCGAUGAUUUACGAGUGUAGUUCGCGGUGCGGGUGUAGGGGGGAAUGCUGGAACAGUGUUGUGCAGAAGGGAAGGACCGUGCGGCUGGAGAUUUUUCAUACGGGGAAUCGUGGAUUCGGCCUUUGCUCUCCCGACACUAUCCGCCGCGGUCAAUUCAUCGACUGUUACCUAGGCGAAGUCAUCACCAAGAAAACUGCCGACGUCCGCGAGGACCUCGCUGCCUCCGCCCACGAGCACUCGUACCUGUUUGGCCUGGACUUCCUAAUCGACGACGACGACAUGUACGUUGUUGACGGGCAGAAGCUGGGCUCGCCGGCUCGGUUUAUGAAUCAUUCGUGCAAUCCCAACUGUCGCAUGUUUCCUGUCUCCCGUACGCACGGUGACGAGAGGCUCUACGACCUCGCGUUUUUCUCACUCAGGGAUAUCCCGCCUCAUACGGAGUUGACGUUUGAUUAUAACCCUGGGGCUGCUGUGUCUGGGGCCGGGGCUAGGGGUGAUGCCGCUAAUGGAAAAGGUAGGAAGGAGAAGAUUGACCCGAGUGCUGUCAAGUGUUUGUGUGGGGAAAAGAAUUGUCGGGGUCAGCUGUGGCCUAAUCAACGAAAGGGUACGAAGUGA